CCUAAUGAGUUAAUUGUUACAUGAUUAAUUUAAUCGAGUGACAAUUAAACAUAGUUAUUUGAUUCGAUAAACAGUCAUACAUAUUAAUAUAAGUCACGUCACGACAGCGGUAACAUCAUAGAAAAGCCAUGGAGGCCCAUUCUUUGGAAAGCUGAGUAAGCUUCACCCAUAAAUUACCCAAAUAUUAUUGUUUUGUGAUGCAGUAAUGCCUUUGUUGAUUACUUGAUUCUCACAUGAGCCAUAUAUACACUGAAUGUUAUAAUGUGGAUGAAUACAGUACAUGAAAGUAUUUGCAUAGUUCAUUCAUAGGUUAGUUCUUGUUUUCCACAGGAGAAGAAAGGCGCUGAUGGAGCCUGUUAAGCUCUACAGACCCAUGAUCAGUUCUGUGGGUCAGGCCAGAGUUAUACUCAUCGGUCCCGUCGGCGCGGGAAAGUCAAGCUUCCGUGGCCAUGUGACCAGCCAGGCCAUAUCGGGCAGCUCUGGCACCAGUCUGACCACCCAGUUAUGUGGUAUACCACAGGGGUUCCCAAACUUUUUUGCAUCAGGGACCCCUUUUGUGAAAGUUCAUUAGACCCCUCAUAAUAUCAGAACACAAGUCUUGCUUUAUAGUGCGAUAGAAAUAGCAUACAGGCAGUUUUACUAUGACUUCUGCAGUGUAUGGCCUGAAUAAUCAAGUCUCAGGCCCUGGGAAAUAAAAUGUUAAAGGCCCCAUCUUGGCAUCAGAGAGAAAGGUUGGAAUUUGUCAAGCUAAUUUCCUGCAGUUUUACAUAUUUUGCAUUGGGGCAGACAGAAAAUGUAGCAGUUUUCCAACUAUUUCUUGCAAUUAUACACAUUCUGCCAUGUGGCAGGAAGAACAUUUUUGGGGGGACACAAGAAGAAAAAAAUGAUCAUUGAUGGAGUACUGUGGAUACCAAUAUCCCUGUGAGCCUCCCAGGCCCAUGCUGUGCAUCUCAAAGAGUUCAGAACAAAUUGUGGAUGAGUAGCAUUACAUUGUAUUGUAUUGCACCCUCUAAACUUUUUCCACAGAUCCAUCCCUUGUCCAACAUUCGUACAGUCUGUUGUUUCUAGCAAUAUUCAUAAAACAAUUUAAAAUGUACAGUUAUUAUUUGUGUAAAAUAUUUGGAGAUCUGGACCCCAUUUUGGGAACCACUGGUCUACCAUGUUAACCAACUGGUUUUCAUCUUUUUGUGUUUCUGCUACAACAAUUUGAAUGCAUGACACCAUAUUUAUGUGGACAAAUUGAUCAUGCACUGUCCCCACUGCAAGCAGAUGCCCACGGGUUCCGGCAGUCUGUGAACCUGCAGGACAGGAUCCACUGGGUGGUGUACGUGAUGGACACCUGCAAAGUCUCCAUCAUGUCCACCAAACUGGAGGAGAAACUGGCAGCCAUUCACAGGAGGAUCAACCUGCUAGGUAUCCCACAGCUGGUUCUUCUGACCAAGGUGGAUGAGGCCUGUCCCUGUGUGGCCGACAACUUGAGGAACGUGUACAACAGCCAGUACAUAAAGGCCAAGGCCCAGGAGGUGAGCGGCCAUCUGGGGGUGCCCAUGUCCUGCAUUGUCCCAGUCAAGAACUACAAUGAAGAGCUGGAGCUGGGCAUGAGCUGUGACAUCCUGCUCCUCAGCGCCCUGAUCCAGAUGCUCCGAUUCGCAGACAACUACUUUCAUGAAGCCAACGACAACGACCAAGAGUAGCACGACUAGACCAAGUGAGGAACCAAGUGGCGGAGACCCCCCUGCAUGGUAGUGGUAUUGCCCGUCUAUGCCACUUUGUUUAGCCCUCUCUCUGCCUCAUAUACUGUAUAUAUUGUUCUAUGCUGUUCAUGUAACCAUCAUGUAUGAUGACUAGUUAUCCAUUCCACUCAGCUACAGAAUGACGAAGCUCAAUGAUAAGAAUAACAUAACAUGCCUGAUUCAGCCUACAUCUUGAAUAUGUUAUUGAAUUGCUAGAAAGAAUCUGUCUUUACGCCUUGAUUGAAAGUUAGUUCAGUAGCGUUGCUAAUUACGUUGCUAUUUACAUCAUUGUUAUUGUUCCGAUUACAUGGGAUAGGUGAAAAGCCUAAGUUUUAUUCAUAUGUUAAGUGGUUGCUUUGCAUUAAACUAAAGACACCACCACUACAG